AUGACUCAAGAUAUCGCCACGAUCAGCGCGACCCCUACACCUACCGCCUCGGCUAGUGAGAUUAUCAAACACCUUCGCGAGAUCCUCCAACGCAUCCGGAGCGAACAGACCCGCGGUACUUACGCUCAGCCCGGUCGCCCCAUCGAAAGCGAUCCUUACGCUGCUCUCCUCGCCUGCGUCUCCGUUUCUUACGCUGAUGCUGAUGAGAAAUGGCGAACCAUCGCUUCGGAUCCGAAGGCCAUUGCCAUGCUGAAUAAAAUAAAGUUUCACCGGGAUGAUGCCGAGUACGAUGCCGAGAUCAUCUGUAGCGAGGAUGUCAUCAAGAAUCUUCGAAAACCAGGCGUCCUUUCCAUUCGCACUCUGGAAAGCUUUCCCCUGAUCGGCAAUUACAAGCUGUACCACGAGAUCGAGACCAACCUUCUACGUGGUCUAGGCCAGAAGCUGGACAAGCCGGAUCUGAAGGUCAUGUUCAUCGGCUCUGGACCUCUUCCGAUCACCGCCUGGCUAUUGGUCGAAGCCAUCUCCGCCAAUCCCCGGUCGACGAUGACCUGCGUCGAACUCGUACCCGAUGCCAACGAACGGGGCCACGCCUUUUUCAGCGCUAUGCUGGACCAACCCACCUCCCCCGCUCUUCCCGCCUUGCUAACCCGAAAUUCUGGUCAAGUCCGGUUCAUCACCUCGAACGCCCUGGCCCUUUCACCCUCGACCAUCGCCUCGCAAGACGUCAUUUACGUCGCCGCCAUGGUCGACCGCCCUAGCAAGCGUCAAGUCCUACAGUACCUCGUCCAACACAUGCGGGCCGAUUCGAAGCUCGUCUGCCGUUCAGGGCAGGGUCUGAAGGGGAUCUUUGGAGGGUACGUCGAAUCGGCUUGGUUCGAUGGGACGAGGGGCGAGGUCGAGAUGCGAGCGCAGUCGAGUCGGACCUUUUUGGGUCAAGUGAUCGUCAGGAUCAAGCCCGAUAGCGCGUGUCAUCAAUGAUGGCGAUCGUGGGCUGUACCCGUCAACAUGGACUAGAAUUCUCUCUUGUACAAAGACCGUAAUUAUAAUACGCUUCUGCUGCUCGCUUCUUACCCGCCUGUCGGUUUCACACGUUUACUGAGCGCUGGGAACGGUCCCGAUUUGGCCAAGACGACCGUCCUCUUCUCAUGCGAGAUGUAACCCUUCAUAUAGCCCUGCAA